GAGGCGCAGACGUGCGCAGUUCCAAAAACUCUGCCUCUUCUGGACCGCGUUCAAGUCCGCCACUAAAACCUGUCCAAAAGUCUGACUCGCGGAGGAAGGAAGAUUGGAAAAAAAAAAUUAAGGUGCUCGCUGACUUGAGUUUGCUGCCCGACUGCCAAGAAUUCUCUUCCGGUGUGCAUUUUUUUUCCUGAGAACACAGCACCGUGAAAAAGUCUUAAAAAAGCAGAUUUUUUUCUCCUGUUUUUUAAAAGACAUGUGAAGGUACCGGCUUCAGUUUCACACGGCCUCUUCUGGACACCCACUAAAAUCAAUGCAGUACAGUGCAAUGGACGAGUUCCACCCUUUCAUCGAGGCGCUUCUCCCUCAUGUGCGCUCCAUCGCCUACACCUGGUUCAACCUGCAGGCCCGCAAACGCAAGUACUUUAAGAAGCACGAGAAGCGCAUGUCCAAGGACGAGGAGCGCGCGGUGAAGGACGAGCUGCUAAGUGAAAAGCCUGAGAUCAAGCAAAAAUGGGCAUCGCGCCUGCUGGCUAAGCUGCGUAAGGACAUCCGGCAGGAGUACCGCGAGGACUUUGUGCUCAGCAUGACGGGCAAAAAGCACCCGUGCUGUGUGCUCUCCAACCCAGACCAGAAGGGCAAGAUCCGCCGCAUCGACUGCCUGCGCCAAGCGGAUAAAGUGUGGCGCCUGGACUUGGUGAUGGUGAUCCUGUUUAAAGGCAUCCCGCUGGAGAGCACGGAUGGAGAACGUUUAGUCAAAUCACCCCAUUGCACCAACCAGGCACUCUGCGUCCAGCCACACCACAUCACCGUCUCGGUGAAAGAGCUAGAUCUGUUCCUGGCCUACUACGUACAGGAUCAAGACUCGCAGCAGUCAGGAAGUCCCAGUAACAAUGAGCCUGGCAAGAACCCUCCAGUUUACUUGGAAGACAGUUUUGUCAAAUCAGGCGUGUUCAGUGUUUCCGAGCUGGUGAGAGUAUCCAGAACUCCUAUCACACAGGGGGCAGCCGUGAAUUUUACGAUGGCGGACCUGCCCAGUCAGCCGUAUUACCAUGAACUCAACUCAGUGAGCUUACACCGCUCCCUCUCCUCCCCUCCUGUUGGCAAACGGUCCAAGACGGUUCAAGAGGACAGCAUGGAGACAAGUCCCACAGGUCCAGACUUCUACUCUUCACCCAGCUCACCGGUCAGCCGACCCUGGCACGAGAGAGACCAAGCUGAGAUGUCCUCUCCAACCAUGAAGAAGGAUAAGCCACUGUUCAGUCCAACCUCCCCACAGGAUUCAUCACCCCGUUUGACUACGUUUCCUCAGCACCAUCAUCCAGGCCUGACCAGUGUGGGUCACAGUGUGAUCUCUACAAGGAGUCCUCCCCCUCACUCUCCACUGCAGUUCUCAACUCCUGCCAUCCUUCCUCCAGCCCCCUCCUCUUACUUCUCCCAUACCACCAUCCGCUACCCUCCUCACCUCAACCCAGCUGACACGCUCAAGAACUACGUGCAGCCUUAUGAUCCGUCCAGUCCUCAGAGCAGCCAGCCGAACAGCAGUGGUCAGAUGGUAGGAAAGGUUCCAGGCCACUUCACACCGGUUCUGACCCCGUCACCCCACCAUGGCGCGGUGAGACCCGUUUCUCUCUCAAUGCCAGACACCAAGCCCAUCACCACGUCCUCAGAGGUUGUGUGUAUGUCAGGAUACUCAACCCCUGGCACCCCUACCGCUAACCGUUUUGUUGGACUGAGCCCUAGAGACCCAGCCUUCCUUCACCAGCAACAGCUGAGGAUUUGUGACUGGCCCGUGAAUCAAAACAGCAGGUCUUAUGGCUCAGAGGAGGCUUUGGGGAUUUCUUGGCAAAGUCCUGGUACCUGGGCGAGCUUAAUUCCAUUCCAAGUGUCGAACGGGACUCAGAUUCUGCCAACAAAUGUCCAGAACUACAGCAUAAACAUCAUUGGUGAGCCUCUUCUCCAGGCAGAGACAAGCAACUGAGGGGUGCGAGUGGGGGGCUCUGAACUGACAGAUCUAUGGACAAACCAGCAAGCAGCACUUAUACAUUUCGCCAAUGACUUUUACUCCCUCCCACUGAAGGACUUUGACCUAGACCAGGAUAGUGGGUUGGGGUGAAGCUGGCACGAGCCUCUCCAAGCCAGUUAGUUAUUGUGUGAGGACACCCCUCAACUGACAUACUGUGAUAUUUACCAUACCGAAAAUUAGAUGCCUUAAUGUUUUUGCAUGAUGUUAGUCUUGCAUAGUGAUUUUUUUCUUCAUUCUUAUGUCACAAUUUCUAGUCUGAGUUUAUGAGCAGGUAUAGAAGGAGAGGUGCACAAGGGCUGGCUAGCUGGACUAUUUUUUGUUUUGUUUUGUUUUAAGGCAGGCUCCAGUUCUGAUGACCUUAUCAAAUAAGACACAACCCUAAUCAUGACUUAUUCAUAGGAACACAUUGAGCAAUUGAGAUUUUUCUUGUCUUCUAAAUUGCAUUUUCCGCAAUCAAAAGGCACUUUUGGUAUCUUAAACCUUGUCAAUCCUGGGCUUGGAUCUCCUUUAACACUAAAGGCUAAUAUCUAACUAAGAGUUAAGAACUCAGAUUUUUAUAGUAGAAGAGAAAGACCUGUAUUUCUAGGUUAGAAAACCCCAUUGGAUGUUUUUCAUGUAUCCUUUACAAAGGAUUUUCAAAAAAAGGAAAAAAAACAAAACUGAAAAUAUCUCAUAUGAGGCAAGUGCAAUUGAAAUAAUUUUGUACUGAAGGGAAGCUAUCAUAGUCUGUCUGCCCUGGGACUCUAAAGGAAGGGGGAGAAACUAUUUUAAGUUCUUUUAUUUCUACAACAGAUAAAAUCACAUUAAUCGUUCAUUUUAAAACAGAAAAGUUGUGAUGAGAUUAAAAAGAGAUGUGAUUGACGGUCAAAGUUUACCUGAGCGGAACACAACACAGCACUUCUCUUGAGCCAUACCCAAGCACUAGGGUAAUUUUUUAUUUAUUAUGUAAAAUGACAAACAAAACUUAAAAAGAUAAAAAUGUAAAAUAUGGCUCAAUUUGAUGGAAUUCCUACCUAUUUAGUGUGCAUGUUCAUUUGGGCCAUUAGCUUCUAAAGCUACUGUUUACAUUGUGAUAUUACAGGAGGGAUGCAGGCUGAUAAAGUAAUUUAAGAGAAAAUGAGUGUGUGUGAGAGUGUGUCUGUCUGUGUGUGUGUGUGUGGGUGUUAGUGUGCAUGUUUCUUAUGUUAAAUCUGCACUCAGUUAAACACUAACCUGCAGGGUGAGGCUCUGUCUCAUGGUGCUUCUUUUAUGCCCAAUUUGGUGAAUCUCUUCGUUGUAGUCCCAGAAAUCUCGAAUCGUUCACGGCAGUCCCAAUGCCACCGCCUCUUUAAUCAGAUAUAUUUAUAUAACUAAUUUUUCCAAUAAUCUUAAUUUGCACGAAUUAUAUAUAGUCCACAUUACGUGCCUUGCCUUUGGAUAUAGAAAACAUCACUACACUUGUUUUUGCUGCAUUUAUUACUGUUUUAGAAAGAAAAAAACAUUUUUAUGAUAAGAAAUAUUUUGUACUCUGGAUGAAAUUGUGUCAUUGUUUAUGUUUAGCUUCACUUACUUCUUUAUCUCACAUUUACAGUGCAUAUCAAGGCUGUGUAUAGUUGCUGUUUUAAAGUUUGUAAUCCGACAGCAUUAUUUUUCAGUAUUUUGGUGUUUUUUCUGUUCAUCAUCCAGACAUUACUGGGAGGGAGGGGUCCAUAAUUAUAAGAAUUAUGCAAUACCAAGUUUUGCCUAUGUAGGUAGUGCUUUUAGCUAUGUCGAUUAGAAGCUAGUAUGGAGAUACAGAUAGAUAACCAUUUAUUUUGUUGAUGUUGUCAUUGUUAAUGUUAUUGUUCUUGUUGUUAUUUUCAGUUAGUUUUCUUUUUAUUUGACCAAAGUGGGAACUGCUUUCUAUGCAGUAUAACAAGGUCUUUUUUUUUUCUCCCCUCAAGUGUACUGAAAGCUGGAGAGGUGCGUGCAAGGAUUGUUAAAUUUAGAAUUUAGUUUUCUCAGUGAGGGAGGUCAUUAUUGUUUCACUUUGUAGUCUAAAAAAGCGCUGGAUGAUGUGAAACGGCUGUAAAGGCACUGAUCUGUCUACUGUGACUAACAAACAACUUUGGGUUUUUUUUACGUCACACUGGGGUGCUAGUAUGAUCUUAGAAGAAAGAAAGCUCAACUUGAGACUGACAAUCAGCAUAAAAAUUUGGAGACUGACGUAUUGAUUUUAAAUUAGAUAUAAAUGAGGAUUGUGGACGAUUUCAUCCAGUUAUUCAAUUCUAUAAUUUGUUCUCACUCAGCAUUUUUUAAUAUAAUCACAUAAUACGUUUCACAUUUGCUAUUGUGUCUUAAAAGCUACGAACACUACACUGUUUGCAUAUUAUUAUAAGUAGCAAUAUGCAGUUACAAAAACAGAUGCCUUAAAUCUUUACAAAAGUGACUUGUUAUAAAAUGCGUUACAAUCAUCACGCCAUCAUGCGUGUUAAAAUCUUUUACAAUCAGAAAAUAAAUUUGCUGUGGUUUAUUGUUUCUUAUCUAGAAGAUAUUUCCAGUCUUCGAGAAGUUAGGGUCAGGUCAGGUUCCGAGACAACAUACUAGCUUGAUAUCUAUGUUUUAUAUUUGCCUUCUGAUAAGCUAUGGACAUCAGAGGAAGGGCUAGUUUUAGCCCAUCUUAAAAUAUCUCAUUACAAAUUAAACGUUGAGCACUUACACAGCACAUAGGCAAUCAUCCACCUACAGUGCCCUUUCAAUUCAACUAUGAAGACGCUUCAUGAACUGUAACUCACAACUGUAACUUAGGCAUAACGCAUGUAGUGAUUGAUUGUUAUCAGUUUUAUUUGUUAGAUAAAGACAUUCAGGAUAUCCUUAAAAUGAUCAGCCACAUUGCUCUUUGCACUUGAUCUUGAUAACUGCCAUGCUGCCCAACAGCAGUUCUAAAAUCAUCCACGUCUCACAAUCUACCUAAAAAAAACAACAACAAAACAGGAAACAACUCAAGUCUGGCUCUUUCUUCCUGCACAAAUGUACUAAUUACAGUUAAAAGAAAAAAAAUAACUUGUUCACCUGCAGUCGAAGUGCUUUGCAGCCGUUUGACCAUUGACAGUGCCACUGAAGUGCAUUUUCCUUAUAUUGUCGGCAGUGUUGGAGGUCAGAGAAUAGGUCUUCUUGUUCUAGCUGUAUCUGAAACAGUAAAGAUGGCCAUGCUGAUAAUAGGCCAUAAUGUCUGGUAGUAGUCCUUAGGGAGUAAAAUCUGUUCUGGUAGUGCUGUUAAGCUAAUGCAGUCGUGUUGGUCUGUGUGGAGUGUGUAGCAGAAUGUGACUCUGACGCUAGAAGAGAUUAGCAAAUGAGGUUCUUUUCAUUGAAAUGCCUGCUUGGUUGACAAGUUUGUACACUGUAACUCUUUUUUCCCCUUUUUCUUUUUAAUAUUAAUUUUAUACUAAUUCUUAUUUUGAAAACAAACUACAGCAAAAAUCAUUUUGAAUCUGGGUUUUUUAUUAACUUGCCCAUAAAAAUAAGAAUUUAAAGAAAUCUGGGAUUCUUUUGCUGGGCUGUAAAUGUUAAAAAAUUAUGAAGGUCAUUUGUUUCAUGUUGUUUCAUGUUUUGUUAGAUUAUGUUAAAAUGUAAUGUCAAAAUAAGAAAAGAAAUGAUUAAUUCCAUGUUGGCUAUUAAGUUUUGCUGUUUAAAUAGCAAAAUAGAAUAUGAAAAAACUAAUAGCAUCUUGUCGUCAUGUGCAGCUGUACAACUGCUAUCUGGGUUGACCCUGACACAAAAUGUGUUUAGCAAAUGUGUUUUUUUUUUCAAUUCCCUGCCUAUUUAGAAAAAAUACACUGUAUUUUAUUUACCCUAUGUAACUUCCUUAACAAAAUAAGGAAUAUGCUGUCCAAUUUGUACUGUAAAAUGAAUCUACAACCAGCUUGUUUUGGGAAUGGACUCGGUACAACUCUUGCUGCCCAGAAAUAGAGAAUUAGAAUAAUUUUUAAUUUAAUUUUGUCAUGCGUAUACACUUUUAAUGUAGAACUUAAUUCCUAUGACUGUAAAUGUUUCAAAUUUAAUGAUGAAGGUAAUUUGUAGUGCUUCAUGUAGAUUAACCUGGAGUGUUGUUUUUUCUAGUAUGGACCUAGAGUUUGUGACUUGAUUAUGUGAUAUCGAUAAUAGGGAAAAUAUAAUGAUUCAUGUUGGGUUGUUUUGCUGUUUCGGAAUUAACUGUGGAAAUCCUUGUCCCUUUAAAAAAGGCAAAUGAUUUCAGUCUAUCAUCAGUGAUUACCAGGGUAACUUCUUAACGACGUAGUGUCAUUUUUGAUACAAUGCAGUGCAUCGUUUGGUUUCUGAUUAGACAUUAUUUGUUGACACUUAAAAAUGGUGAUUUUGAAUCAUUUACUUGUGUCCACUGUGGGCUGUGAAUGCCAUGUUAAGUGUUAGUCGCUUGUGUUGUGUAGUUUUAAGAAGUAGAACUUAAACUCCCAGAAGCCUUUGCAUGGCCCCACAGACAUCUCUCAUCACAGAGGAGAAAUUGGCAAAUGGCUGAGUAUUUGCACUUUCCGCAGUUCCCACUACCCUUUCAUUGGUGCGUUGUUUAGUGUUUGCGUGUAUCAUCAGCUCUAGUUGUUCAAUCUAAAUUUUAAUGAUUGUUGUGAUGUCACAGUGUUGCUUACCAUAGCGCACAGUGUUAUGAGGCUUAUGAGAGGAGUUUCGGUCAUUUUUUCCCUUUUUGUGUCUCUGUAGGGAUUUUAGAUAUGUUCCUUAUUUUUAAAGGGCUGAUCAUUUUUUUAAAUCAGUUUAUUGUUGAGGAAUGAAAUUUUCAUAGUACAUGUAUUACAUGAUAUGAGAGGAUGGUCCGGUAGAGUUAAGUAUUACGUUUGGGGGUUAGUUAUGAAAGCCAUGCUCAUGGACACUGAGAAACCCACAAGUAUUUUCCUUAUGCAAGGAGGCACGAGUGGCACUCACGCAAUAUCUCUUCAUUAGUUUAUCUAAAAGUGGAUCACUACAGGGAAAGACAGUCCAUUUUUCAUUACAUUUUCCAAGGGCAUUUCCAGUGGCAUGAAAAGACAUCAGGUCGACAUGAACAGGAACAUUUAAAAAACCAGCAUAUUUUAAAAUGUUUACCAAAAAAAGACAAAAAAAAUAUAUACAGUAUAUAUGUUAAGUAGUGCCUGUUUCAGCUCAAAGUCUCAUUAGACUUUCAUUGUACAUAAAAACAACAUAUUAAUUUUAUUUGGGAAUUACACAAAAACAUGUGGGUUGCUUAUUCCUGUAACCCCCCACCCAACCCCCCUGCCCUUCAGGUUUUAUGUGACGUGUCCUCUUUAUACGUUUUGUGCUCUGUUCAAUUUUGAAAAUUUGAGUGCCCUGGUGUCUCAGUAUUUCUUUGAUGAGAUUAAGUAAAUAGUUGGGCAGUGUGUUUCUUUAGAUUGUCAAUGCUACACUUAGUACUACAGUAGAUUUUAAAUAUGCUUGCCAGCUCCACAGCAGGGUUGAUUUUUCUAAGGUCUUGUGGCACUUUUACACCCUUGGAAAACACAUUUGUAACACAACAACAACAAUUUAACAAAUGUAAUAAGGUUGUAUCAGCCUUUAAUGAGUGAAGUAACACAAAAAGUGUGCGAACAAAAAUGCAAAAGGCAAUGUAAACUCCUGAAUGUACAUUAUGGAUGAUUAAAAAAAAUCAGGUAUACUUUGAGAAUCUGUACAGCGAAGGCCUUUGAUUUUCAGCUGUUUCAUUUUGAUUUUGAGUUCUACAGUUUUCAUAUACGGUGUUGCCUUUAAGCUAGCUGCAUUUUGGUGUAGGGGCUAAAACUGCCACAAGAUUUCAAAUGUGUGUAAAUAAUGCUUGACUUUUUGUGAUUGUUACUGUUAUAUCCAGCCUAUACUGCUAGCAGCUGUUUUUACUGCAGUCAAUUACUGGAAGUGGAUAUAUUUCCUAUGCAAAACUGUUUAAACAAUAAAAUGAGCUAUGCUACAAAA